GGCUGAUUGGGUUGACGAAAAUGAGUCUGUCCUCAGAUUGGCUCCCAGUUACACAACACAGUUCCGCAAAUCCAGUCUGUUUGUGUUUUGACGUUUUUGUAAAGCGGUUUUCAGACCAUAAGGAAGGACACAGUCAGCAUUCUCCAUCCCGGAUAUACAUAUAAAAAAAACAACAACUCAGGAGUCAAAAUGGCGUCGGACUCUCCACGCAGACCUAGUCGCUGCGCUGGAGGAGUUUUGGUUCGAGCACAAGCUGCCACGGAGCAGUCUUACAUGGAGAGCGUGGUGACCUUUCUGCAGGAUGUGGUCCCCCAGGCAUAUACAGGGGCUCCUCCUACAGAUGAAAAAGAGAAAAUCAUUUGGGUUCGAUUUGAGAAGGCUGACAUCAACGACACUGCACGCAAUCCAGAGUUUAUGGAGAUGCACAGUGGUACCACUGACCCUCCUCUGUGCCUCAUGAUUGGCUACACUGACGGGAUGCAGAUCUGGAGUGUAUCUUUGGCGGGUGAAGCCCAGGAGCUAUUCUCUGUGCGCCAUGGUCCUGUGCGAGCUGCACGCAUUCUGCCAGCUCCUCAUAUCAGUCCUCUGAAGAUGGACAGUUUUGCUGACAAGAGGCCCCUGCUGGGUGUUUGCAAGAGCACAGGGUCCUCUGGGACAAGCCCUCCCUACUGUUGUGCUGACCUGUAUUCUUUACGGACAGGGGAGAUGGUCAAGUCAAUUCAGUUCAAGACACCCAUCUAUGAUCUCCACUGUAACAAACAUAUUCUUGCUGUGAGCCUACAAGAGAAGAUUGCAGCAUUUGACAGCUGCACCUUCACUAAGAAGUUCUUUGUUACAAGCUGCUACCCUUGCCCCGGGCCCAGCCUCAAUCCAAUAGCUCUGGGAAGCCGUUGGCUGGCCUAUGCUGAGAACAAGUUGAUCAGAUGUCACCAGUCUCGUGGAGGGGCUUGUGGAGACAAUGCACAGUCUUACACAGCUACAGUGAUCAAUGCAGCCAAAACUUUAAAGACAGGCUUGACAAUGGUGGGAAAAGUUGUCACCCAGCUGGCUGGUACCCUACCAGCAGGCACUCCAGAUGAAGAGAGCACACCUCACAGCACAAGCCGCCGUAGCCCUCACAACCCUGGUGUUGUCACCAUCAUUGACACACACAGUGUUGGCGAAGGACAGGUCUUGGUGAGUGAGGACUCGGACGGAGAGGGAGUGGUGGCUCACUUCCCAGCUCAUGACAAACCCAUAUCCUGCAUGCAAUUCAACCCCAGUGGAAUGCUGUUGGUGACUGCUGACACCUUGGGCCACGAUUUUCACGUCUUCCAGAUCCUCACCCACCCAUGGGCGUCAUCACAGAGCGCUGUUCACCACCUCUAUACCCUGCAUCGUGGGGAAACUGAGGCCAAGGUCCAGGACAUGUGUUUUAGCCAGGACAGUCGGUGGGUAGCCAUCAGCACCCUUCGUGGCACAACCCACGUAUUUCCUGUCAACCCUUACGGUGGUGCGCCCUGCGCCCGCACGCACAUGUCCCCGCGGGUGGUCAACCGGAUGUCUCGCUUUCAAAAAAGCGCCGGCCUGGAGGAGAUCGAACAGGAGCUGAACAGGGCGGCUGCAUUAGGAGGAGGAGCAGGUGGAGCAGGCAUGGCAGGAGGUGGCUGCAUCCUGGGUGGUGGAGGAGGAGGUAUUGGGGGCCGCUGUAGCCCUAUACCUGGCCUGUCCAGCAGCCCCUCAGGGUCUCCACUGCACGCCAAGCUGAGCAGCCAGGAUUCAUACAACAACUUCACUAAUAACAACAUGGGGAACCCACGACUGUCUCCGCUGCCCAGCCUCACUGUGGUUCUGCCCCUGGCUCAGAUCAAACAGCCCAUGACCCUGGGCACCAUCACCAAACGUACUGGCAAAGCUAAGCCGCCCCCUCAGAUAUCCCCGAGCAAAUCCAGUGGAGGAGAGUUCUGUGUGGCUGCCAUCUUUGCCUCAUCUCGCUCCUGGUUCAUCACCAACCCCAACAUGAAAAGAGAGAAAGAUCAGUCCAGGCAGUCAGUUGUUGACUCACUGUACAUUAUCAGUUGCUACGGUAAUUUGGUGGAGCAUGUCCUGGAGCCUCGACCAGUUAGCACUGCUCAAAAGAUUAGUGAUGACACACCACUGGAGCUCAGCACCUGUCCAAGAGCCUGCUGGACUCUAGCCAGGACUCCACAGUGGAAUGAGCUACAGCCACCCUUCAACUCCAACCACCCCUUGGUGCUGGCCUCAGACUUGGUGCAGUACUACCAGUACCUUCUCGCUGCAAUGCCCCCAGGAAGUCCAGGUCCAAUCACUCGUCACGAGUCAUCAGACAGCCUGGCGUCGGACCACAGUGGCCAGGAGGACGAGGAGUGGCUCUCUCAGGUGGAGAUUGUGACCCAUACGGGUCCUCACCGGCGCCUGUGGAUGGGCCCCCAGUUUCAGUUUAAGACCAUUCAUCCUUCAGGCCAGACCACAGUCAUCUCCUCCUCAUCAUCAGUCCUUCAGUCCCAGGGCCCCACUGAUGUCCAACAGCCUCUUCUGGACUUUGACACAGAUGACCUGGACCUGCACAGCCUGAGGAUCCAGCCGGUACGCUCAGAGCCUGUCAGCAUGCCCGGCUCGUCGCGGCUGGUGCCAGAUCGUAGAGGACAGCCCAACAUCAUGGAUGCUGGAUCAGGUGAGUGCCAUACUUUGAGCUCCAUGACAAUGAAGCACACACUCUUUCUCCUUCUGUUGCUCUGUCACACUGGUUCUCUCUGCCCCCUCCUCAGUUUCGGUGUCAGGCCCUCAACACUCCCACCAAGGGACCCUCCAUUCUGACCCAACACCCUGUCAUUAUUUUAAUCAAAUGCUAUUACCACCACUCUGAGGACAAUUGAGUUUUGUUGAAUGCCCUUUUUCUGCUACCCCUUGCCCCUGGCCCAGCCUGCCCCCCUGCCAACCUACCGCGAAACACUCACACAUAGACAACAACUGUGCUGGACAUGAGUUAAAAGUCUAAAAUUCAAGCAGGCGUGUGGGCAAGAUGUGGGGGGAGUCUGAGAUUGAAAACACAGAUUGCACUGUUCACGAUUCACCAACUUCAUUUCAAUCUCAAGACGGGAGGGUUGCAUUGCUGCAGGGGUGGAGAAUUUGAUUGAAGUGUUGAGGGAUACUCGUGUUUGGCUGGCCUGUCAGAGCCCAGUGCAAACUGUGUCUCUGUGCGGUUUUGGCGUAUCAGCCUGGCGUUCUCUUGGUCUGGAUUUGGGCGAGACUUGAGGGGUCGGGGGUUAAAAGACCAUGUGACGUUGUUGUGGGAUGAGGCGUUGAACUGACCGCUUUUGUGCCCUACGACAAAAAGAUGCUCAGGCCAAAAGCCUGCCUGCUUUUGUCCUCACCCUCCCAUUAAGUUUGCACCACUGCAAAAUAUAAUUUCAGAUCAUUGCAGAAGAAAAGAGAAGAUCAGUUGAGGGUGGGGGGCAGUCUGUGUGUGUGUGUGUGUGUGUGUGUGUGUGAAGGGAGAGAUGCAAGGAGGAGGGGUAGCUGUUGAAUAGCCUCCUGUGUUGUAAUCAGCAGGCUGAGCCCCCCAGGAUGGGGGAAGAAGACCAGGAUAAAGACUGUAAGUGUUCUGAAGAUGUGACCGCCACACCACCGCUUCUUUUGCCUUGUGGGCACUAGGAAAGAAUUCACAGAUCUGUCAUCUGCCAGACAUUACCCCAACACCCCCUCCCCCCACCUCCACCCCUUUUCUCACGUGCACACACACAUACACACGUGCACACACGCACACACACACACAAACACAUCCCUGUUCUUCCUCCAGCCAUCCUCAGGAUUCCUUCCUGUAACUUUGGGUGACUCCUGCCCCAGACCAGACACACAAUAACCUCGCGGAUCCCUCAGUAGCCCCCUCCUGGUGUGAGAGGACUUAGCCAGUGUCUCAGAAACUUAUGACUUGCCUUCAGGUAGACUGCAAGUGUGUGUAAACGAGAAAGAGGUCAGGUUAGAAGUCAGGGAGGAGCACUGAGGAUGCUUUUUCUGCACAAUGCACUCCAGCAAGAAGGCAGUGUAAACAUACACACCAACGGGGUGGGGGAAUUCCUCAUGCAUGGUUACUAACCAAACAUGAAAUGUUUAUGUUGUCUGUGUAUAGGAGGGUGUGUGGAUAUGCAUGCUCGAGAAAAACAAGGGACAAGAUUGACUCUGAUCCGCAUGUGGUGCCUCCCACCGUUUCAUGUAUUCUUGCAUCACAGUGUGGCAGGGAGGGCGGCUGCCAUCCCCUGACCAAAGAUAUGGAUAUUGAACAGGACAAGACAUUAACAUUUCACCAGCACCUUUCUUCCCCUCUUCGUUUUCUCACCCUCGCUCUCCUUUCUUUUGACAUGGCGCUGGCAUUCCCCAGAGUUGUAGCACACUCACAGUGUGCUGGGGGAAGUGCCACAAGCUGGAGGCACAGCCACAUAGUGAUGGGAGAAAGAACAAAGUGAGUUGAAGAGAGAUAUCUUUGCAAUAGAAAAUGUGCAGCCUUCAUGUGGUGGAAAAGCCUCAGGCAGCCUGCUGUAACCCGGGGUAUUUGCCUUUGUGACGGCUUUUAAGUGCACUGUUUCUCCACCCUCAUACACCCCCUUUCACACAUUGCCUUUAAUGAUUUGUACUCUAACAUGCAAAAUGUGUCUGAGUCAAAAACUGAAAUAACAAAACUCUCACAAGCUGAGCAACAGAAAGGUUGUGCCAACAUUACUUUUAGUGUACCUCUAAUGUACUUUUGUUCUUUCUGAAUGAUUUUUGGUGUUGUUUAUUUUUUGCUGAUUUGUAGCUUAUGUUGUCACGUUUACCACUAGAGGUGGUACAAAAUUACUGAUACACUUACUGCAGUAUUUUUCUUUUGUGGCUGCGAUUCACUUUUUGUUGUGUUUGAACCCCCAAAUGUUAUGUAACAGUUUUGCAAUCUACAUUAUCUUCAGCCAUUUUACUCUUUCAUCCCAGAAAGUAUAUAUAUGAACAAGUACAUUGAAUCGUAACCCCUUUUUAGUGAUACUUUUUAACCUUUAAUAACCUAGCAAAGUGUUGAGACUGUAAGAGAAAGACUAUUCAAGGACUGAGCUGGAGAAAUGCUACAGUUGCCCAGAAAUAACAGGGUCCAGGCUGCCUUUGUUGCUGUUGCUUCAUUUCAUUCAGUUUCUUAAUAAAAGACUAGAGGUAGUUAAGGACAGAAAUAGGAUGUGCUCUACCCAGCCCUGACCAUCAGCGCUGCUUUCUUUGAGCAUGACAUUAACACCCAGUGUACAUAUGUUAAGAGCCCUCUCAGAAAGUACAGUGUGCGGUCGGAGCAAGGGAUUUGUUCAAAUUAGGCUCUUAAAGAUCAUGUAACAUAAGUGGAAACAAAUGUGAACGCCUCUGCCAUGUUAUUCUUCCGAUGCUCCGCCAAAGCCCUGGGCUUCAAGACAGUUCACGUCUCAGCUACAGAGUGAAGUUGAGGCAGAAAAAGACUCAAGUUUUUGUUAUUUUUUUAUUCUUUUUUCGGUGUUACACUCCUUGCUUGUUUUAUGAGACACCUAGGAGUGUUUAGAGAAGCUUGGCUCUCAGGCCCCCAUAAUACAGCCUCUGAGAGUGUGUAGGAGGGCCAAGUUAUGCCUAAUGCGCAAUGUCCAUUGAGUCGUCUGUUAUACAUGGUAAUGAAUGGUGGUCAGAGAAACAGUGUCCUGUAUCAAAGAGCUGAACUAACAUGCCUUUCUCACGGAGCCGGAGAAGUGGCCCUUUGUCACGGCGAACGCCUGCUAUCGACUCCCAGCAUCUCGCAAAAUAUGCCCCAUUGUUGGAGAAGGCCAACUCCGUUUACAACUCAGAACCGACAGCAUUCCUGAAGUCAGCAACACCAACCCCUCCUCCUAUAACUUCCAAGAGUGACGGCAAUGAAUUACAUUUACUUUCACCCCGUGAGAUUGAGUAUCUUUUUGUGUAAUUUUACUUAAUUGAGAAUUGAUUUUAGUUACUCCACUUGCGUAUUCUUUGGCUUGAGUAUUUUGCUCUACAUCACUUGUAUCUAUUAUAUUGUAUCUACUUCAAGAAUAAAU